UUUUUGUCUUCAUAGUCUGCAGAUUGGUCAACUAUCAGCGUAAUCCAACUCCAAGAUCGGAUUGUAUUCGACAUUAUGAUCGACACCUCUGUGUCCAGUGAACGCUUCUCUCUAGUCGCCUCCUUCUACGGCCCCGGAAACAUCACCUCGUGGCUCUGCAUGGUGAUAUCCGUCUUUGUUACCUGGUGUUUCAACACGCAGUAUCGUCGAAAAGAUAGCAUUAACACAGAUCUCAUCUUCGUUCUAGUGGUCCCAGGUGUUGCGGCUGGGCAUGUCAUUUACAUGAUUUUCUUCUCCGGCGUCGUAGAGCACCAGCCAGCCCAGGAGCUCUUCACCAGCUCGGAUUCACAGAUUGUGCAGCAUGCAGCGGCUGCAGAGGCGGCCCUCAACGUCUGUGAGACAUUCUCAGCGGUCGCUGUUCUUUUGGUGUUUAUCUCGAUGUGCCACGGUCAUCUGAAGCGCACACUUGCCGUUGUCGUUGUUGGACUACUAGCGUUCUCUACUGAGGCAGUCGUUUUUGUUCAAACAAGGGGAGUCAGGGUAUCUGACAGCAAUCUAACGCGGCCGUUUCUCUUCAAUUUCUUUGAGGUUAUGGUAUCACUGCUGAUCUUUCUGGGGGUAUGGCUUUCGGCCUUCGGUAUUAUGGUAUUAUGGCUGCGGUUGCGCACAAUUGAUACUCCGGAGGAACAAAUCUAUCGUGAAUCUGCAGAUUCCCAGCUCGAGAUGGAUAUAAGGUCAACUCUUAGGAGCCAAGUUGGGGAUAUAAAUUCUACAUUAAUGUGGGGAAACCAACUACAGGCCGUCGAAACGCUCCAGCUAGGCGAGACAGACAGUCUAGACCAGAGGGUCAUGAUGCCUCUGACGAUGGUCUCAAUGGUCUUCCUUCCUCUCUCCCUUCUUGUUACUCUCGCCUCUAUGAGUUUCCCCACUAGGAUAUUUGGAGCAACGAGCUUUAUAUCAUCGCCUAGCUGGGCUGCUCUCGUGCUGUUCUUCGUUCCAAAGAGUGCAACUAGCAUUACGGAGCUGGAUCAGAUAGUGUCUGUCUGUAUCGGUAGUACCGCACUUCUGUUUAGUGUUUGGGAGGCAUUCAAAUCUCAAAGGAAGGAAGACGAGAGGGCCCGUCGAGAAAACAGGCAGCGGGCGGCAGAUGGUAGGAGGACUCGACGCCAGAGAGAGUUGACUUAUGCCCUUUAUUUGCUCCGCCGGGUAAACCAUCAACUUGACCAGACUGAGGAUGAAACAGAGAGGCAGGUGCUUUUAGACCGGCGUAAUAUAUUAAUGAUUAAUAUGUCUAGAAUGGUUAGCUUGUAAAAGUCAAUAGUAUUAUAUAAUAAUUAUAAAAAGGAAUUAACGUG